AUGACAGAUGAGGAUAGUAUUGGAACGGUUGUACAUUUCAAUGUUGGUAUAAACGUUCAUAUUGAUUCGAUCACACCAUCUAUAUCGUCUAUUACCUCUGAUAAUGAAGAUAAUAAUGAAGAUAAUACAUACAGUUAUAGUGCAGAUAUAUAUGAUAAUUUCUUCAAAUAUAAAGCAAAGUUACAUUGUGAUAGUGGUGGUUUACCAAUUAACAAUCAAACCAUCAAGAUUGUCAGACUCAAGGUUUCACUAUCCGACCGACAUGUACAUAUCUAUCAAUACUUGAGAAUGCCAACAAUGCCACUAAGAGACAAACAAUACAUUUCAUAUCAUCCCGCUUACAUUGAAGCGAAAUCAACAACACCCUCUUAUUCAAAUAUUGAGUAUCUAGCAACUGGUCAAACAGUCUUUGCCAUCAAGGUUCGUGUCAAUAGAAAGACAGUGUCUGUAGACGGAAUAUUUCACCGUGUUGAAUUGGUUGACAAUAGUUCAUCUACUCUCAAUUCCAUCGUUGCACUCAUUCCAGCCAAACUCUCUGGCGAUUACCUCUUUAAUCGAUUGCAAAAAGGUAAAACUUUUUCCAUCGAGAGUGGACCUGGAUGUAAAGUAAAUACUUGGCCUACAUUAGAGUCCAAUACACCAUGGUACGUGAAUACUAGCUAUUUUAUAAACUGUUCCAAACAAAAUCCUCUCUUUCUCCAUUUGACAAUCAACGCCAUCAUAACCAAGAUACCACCACAACAAUUGACAGAACCUCCUCAACCAUUUUCAGGUCCACCAACCAAAAAACUUGUACUCCAGGCUAUCUAUUUUGCACCGUUUAUGUUGGUCGAUAUCCUGGGUGAGGUACUCAGAGUACAUCAACUUAGAGUGAUCACCAAAAGAAAAAGAAAUUAUAUCAAACAAAUUCCUCAUUUCUCUCUAGAACUUAAACGUGGCAGCGAAGCCAUUGAAGUUGUAUUUUGGGCAAAAGAUGCAUUGGCCUAUUCAAAGAUGGCUAUCGAACCUGGUGAUACUCUCUAUAUUACCAAACUUAAAUGUGAUCAUCAUCAUGGAGGUUCCGUACUUUAUUUUUUAUCCAUUUCUGAUCUCGUCAAACAAACAGAUAAAGAUGUUGAAAUGUAUGACUUUUAA